CUGAAGCCUAACCCUUCCCCUCUCCCAUAAGGUUAUGAAAGUGCAAGUGCCUCUAGUGUGUGCGAGCCCUGCAAAAGCAAUAAGAGCAGACACUCUGAAGAGGUGGUUCACGCAAAGGUGUUCAGCAAAAGAAAUCGAGAACAGUUGGAAAAAAUAAUUAAAUACAGUAGAUCUACAGAAAUGUCUUCAGCGCAUGCUAGGAGAAUUCUGCAGCAGUCUAACAGAAAUGCAUGCAUUGAAGCGCCAGAAACUGGUAGUGAUCUUUCUAUGUUUGAAGCUUUGCGGGACACAAUUUAUUCUGAAGUAGCUACUCUUAUUUCUCAAAAUGAGUCUCGGCCUCAUUUUCUCAUUGAACUUUUUCAUGAGCUUCAGCUGCUAAAUACAGAUUACUUGAGGCAAAGGGCACUGUAUGCUUUACAGGAUAUAGUGACUAGGCAUUUAUCUGAGACUCGGGAAAAACGGAAAUGUGCAAAAUCACUGAAUUCUGCCACAUGGAUGGCAUCAAAUUCUGAACUCACUCCCAGUGAAAGCCUUGCUUCUACAGACGAUGAAACUUUUGACAAAAACCUACCUAUAGGAGCAUGUCAAGACUGUGAACAAAAUGAUGCAGACAAUGGCAGCAUGUCAACAUCUUCAAAUUUUGAACCUUUUGCCACUGAUGACCUUGGCAACACAGUGAUUCACUUAGAUCAAGCUUUGGCUAGGAUGAGGGAAUAUGAGCGUAUGAAAAUUGAAGCUGAAAGUACCCUUGACUCUGAGGGCUGCUCUAGUAAUUUUCAGGGUGCUUCUGCUGCUAAAUUAGAAGGUACAAAUUCCAGUGAAAGUCCCUGUGGGCCGCAGUCAAGUGAAGCUUCUGGUGUUCCGUGUCCUCGUAUAGAUACUCAGCAGCUUGAUCGGCAGAUUAAAGCAAUUAUGAAAGAGGUCAUUCCUUUUCUGAAGGAACACAUGGAUGAAAUAUGCUCUUCUCAGUUGCUGACAUCAGUAAGACGUAUGGUCUUGACUCUCACACAACAAAAUGAUGAAAGUAAAGAAUUUGUCAAGUUCUUUCAUAAACAGCUUGGCAGUAUACUGCAGGAUUCACUGGCAAAAUUUGCUGGUAGAAGAUUAAAAGAUUGUGGGGAGGAUCUUCUUGUGGAAAUCUCCGAAGUUUUAUUUAAUGAAUUAGCUUUUUUUAAACUGAUGCAAGACUUGGACAACAACAGUAUUUCUGUAAAGCAGAGGUGUAAAAGAAAAACAGAACCAACUGAAGUGAUACAGUCUAAUGCUAAAGAGGCAAAAAAUGGUCUCCAAGUGGAUGUAUGUUCAUCUGCUGAAGAUGUCGAUGAGGACAAAGUAUGUUUAUGCUUCUUAAUUGUCUGUUGCUCAAAUAAUUUCACA